AUGGAACCCAAUUCAACAGCAGCAACCCAUGAAAAUGGAAACCAGAGUACCCAUGAAAAGCAGCAGCAGCAGCAGCCGCCUAAAUUCGCUAUCCCGGUCGACUCAGAGCACAAGGCCACGAGAUUCCCAAUCUUCUCUUUCGCCAAACCCCACAUGCGAGCUUUCCACCUCUCCUGGGUGUCCUUCUUCGCCUGCUUCGUCUCCACUUUCGCCGCGCCUCCCCUGCUUCCGAUCAUCAGGGACAACCUCAACCUCACCGCCACCAACAUCGGGAACGCCGGCAUUGCCUCCGUCUCCGGCGCCGUAUUCGCCCGAAUCGUGAUGGGGACCGCCUGCGACAUGGUCGGCCCCCGCCUGGCUUCCGCCUCCCUCGUUCUGAUCACCGCGCCGGCGGUGUUCUUCACUCCCCUGGCUACCUCCUCUGCUUCGUUCCUCCUCGUCAGGUUCUUCACCGGCUUCUCCCUCGCCACUUUCGUCUCCACCCAGUACUGGAUGAGCUCCAUGUUCUCCUCCCCGGUCGUCGGCACCGCCAACGGGGUCGCCGGCGGGUGGGGGAACCUCGGCGGCGGCGCCACACAGCUCAUCAUGCCACUCGUCUUCGCUCUAAUCCGCGACUCCAUGGGAUCCCCCAAAUUCACCGCCUGGAGGAUCGCAUUCUACGUCCCCGGCGUUUUCCAGAUGCUGACGGCCUUCGCCGUCCUGAUCUUCGGCCAGGACUUGCCUGACGGGAACUUCCGGCGGCUGCAGAAAACAGGGGACAAGUCCAAGGACAAAAUCUCCGACGUCCUGUUCCACGGGGUUACAAACUACAGGGGAUGGAUUCUGGCCCUGACGUAUGGUUACUGCUUUGGGGUGGAAUUGACGGUGGACAAUGUGAUCGCCGAGUAUUUCUACGACCGGUUCAACCUGAAGCUCCACACCGCCGGUUUGAUUGCGGCGAGCUUCGGAUUGGCGAACCUGUUUUCCCGGCCGGGGGGAGGGAUUCUUUCCGAUCUGGUUGCGAAGAGGUUCGGGAUGAGGGGAAGGCUUUGGACCCUUUGGAUCGUUCAGACUUUGGGCGGCGUUUUCUGUGUAAUUCUGGGUCGCGUCAAUUCCUUGGGCGGCUCCAUUGUUGUCAUGAUCCUUUUCUCCUUCUUCUGCCAAGCUGCCUGUGGCCUGACCUUUGGAGUCGUGCCUUUUGUCUCCAGAAGGUCGCUGGGGUUGAUCUCGGGGAUGACGGGAGGAGGAGGGAACGUGGGAGCGGUGAUAACUCAAUUGGCAUUCUUCAAAGGUUCGAGAUACUCGAAGGAGACGGGAAUCACGUACAUGGGGAUAAUGAUCAUCUGCUGCACUCUGCCUCUCUGUUUGAUAAACUUCCCGCAGUGGGGCGGCAUGUUUACCUCCGGCCGCGGCGACGGCUCGUCUUCCUCAUCCGAAGAGGACUACUACAUGGCCGAAUGGAAUUCAGAGGAGAAGAAUAGAGGCCUGCAUCAGGCUAGCUUGAAGUUUGCCGAGAACAGCAGGAGGGAACGAGGGAGGAGAUCGGCUUGCAAUACUGCACCGGCGACGAACGACACGUCGUUGUCGCCGCCGGCGGAGUUUGCAGCCUGAAUGGAGUCCCAGGUUGAACGUCGGCGUGUAGUAGAUUGUGCUGUGAUGGUAAAUGGUAAUGUUAUGUUGUUAUGCGUGGAUGUAUGCUUUUGUUUGUGUAUUCUGCUAGUACUGUUCCAUGUUAGUACUGUUGGAAAACAAAUGGACCCUUCAAUGUGAAACUUCCUGUGGGUCGGAAAUGAAACAAAGUGAUAUGAUAAAUUCGGUG